AUGGCUACCGAUUACGUCUACGAUCAUCCAUCAGCGGAACCUGAAUGCGUCCAAGUCUUUGUGCUCCAGGUGUACAUGUGCGUGUCUCUGGGUUCCAAGCCGGUACGCGAAGCCAUCCUCUUGUCCACGAAGUCCCCCAGUCCAAAUUGCGGGGGGGAAGAGCGCCGAUUCCUAGGAGUCCCAGUCCUAGGUUCCUCCAUACAAAACCUUGCGUAUACCAAAUCAGGUCAUGCGCAACACGUUCAGUUCACAGACGCCGUGGGCCCAGAUACGGCCGGCCCCCUAUGUGUCCAUUUCAGAACCACCUCCGGCGCAAUCAGAAAUAACCAAGUCGUAAAUGACGAACCACCCAGCACAGCCCUGAAUCAUAAACUCAGCUGA